GCGCUGUGUUGCCGCCUCCUGGUCCAGUUUCCUGUGCUGCACUCAGGGGUCAUUGCUUCUCUGGUACCCCGUCUCCUGCCGCCCCUGGCUUUCGCUCUGGGAGGCUCAAGCCAGGCGCCCGCAGGGGCUGUGUCGAGUGUGACCACUCUCCAAAGGUACUACUGAGGAUGAAUGUGAUUUGGAGAAAUUAUAUUUGCUGCCUAAGACUAAGAAAGGUGCCACACAGAUGCCACAGUGGUUCCCACCCAGUGGCCCCUCUGGGAUCAAGAAUUUUAACUGACCCAGCCAAAGUUUUUGAGCACAAUAUGUGGGAUCACAUGCAGUGGUCUAAAGAAGAAGAAGAAGYAGCCAGAAAAAAAGUAGAAGAAAAUUCAGCUGUGCAAGUCAUUCCAGAAGAGCAAGAUAAGUAUGAAAGUGAAGCUAGUAAAUACUGGGAUGUAUUUUACAAGAUUCAUAAGAAUAAGUUUUUCAAGAAUCGUAAUUGGCUAUUAAGGGAAUUUCCUGAAAUUYUUCCAAUUGAUCUAAAAACUAAAGAGAAUGCAAGAGAAUCAUCAUGGGAUCAUAUAAAACCUAAUGCCACAAAUUGUUUCUCAAGAAUACAAGAAGAAAAAAAACAUUUUAAGAAAAGUUCUGGCUCAUCAAAUGGCCCAAGCAAAGCAGGAUCUGAUUUUUCCAACCUAGACCCUAAAAAACUUGGAAAAGGACCCCUGAAGACUGAAUUGUUUCCUGGUAGCAGGGCCAAUUUCAGAAUACUAGAGGUUGGCUGUGGUGCUGGAAAUAGUGUUUUUCCAAUACUGAACACCUUGCAGAACACCCCAGAAUCCUUUCUUUAUUGUUGUGAUUUUGCCUCUGGAGCUAUAGAGCUUGUAAAGUCACACUCAUCCUACAGAGCAGCCCAGUGUUCUGCCUUUGUUCAUGAUGUGUGCAAUGAUGGCUUACCCUACCCUUUUCCAGAUGGGAUCCUGGAUGUCAUUCUCCUUGUCUUUGUGCUCUCUUCUAUUCAUCCUGACAGGAUGCAAGGUGUUGUCAACCGGCUGUCGAAGUUACUGAAGCCUGGGGGAAUGCUGUUAUUUCGGGACUAUGGGAGAUACGAUAAUACCCAGCUUCGUUUUAAAAAGGGGCAUUGUUUAUCUGAAAAUUUUUAUGUUCGAGGAGAUGGUACCAGAGCAUAUUUCUUUACAAAAGGGGAAGUCCACCGUUUGUUCUGCAAGGCUGGGCUAGAUGAAAAGCAAAAUCUGGUUGAUCAUCGCUUACAAGUUAAUAGGAAAAAACAAGUGAAAAUGCACCGAGUGUGGGUUCAAGGAAAAUUCCAGAAACCAUUGCACCCAAGUCAGAAUAACUCCAAGUUGAUAUUUUCAUUCUUUUCUCAUGACUGAACUAUGUACCAUGAUGAAGUACAAAGCCAGAAGACUACACUAUCCAAAGGCUCCUGCAAAUCUUUCAUUUCUCAGAAGACAAUAAGAAGAAGAGAAUUUGUUUCCUUCUGUCUUAUCAUGGGUGAGCUCUUCGAGCAUUUGAAGCACAUUUAAGUGAUUUGGAAGAGUGUACUACUUUCUGUGUUUUCAAAACUUGAUACCCAAGCUUGUUUGGGUUUAUUACAUCUACCAAUUUUGCUUUUCCCUGAGUUUUAAAAACAUUCAAUUAAAUUACUAAAAUAAAUCAGAUAAUUUUGAGAAACCAUAACCUGCCAUUCUUUAAGAAGCAGAAAAAUCAUCUUCUAUAUUUAUAUAUAUAAGCUUAGUAAAGCAUUUUUCCCAGUCAAGCCCUCCUCCGUUGUCAUCUCRUGGCAGACAGGCAGUAUGUCAUGUUUCUAGGGAAAGCUACAAGCCCAAGAUCAAGAUAUAUUAUUAUUUUUCCCCCAAAGCUUUCUUUGUUUGUAUGUUUGGUUUGGUUUGGUAUUUUUGUUUUUUUGAUUCAAAAACUAUUGUCUGAAAUGCAAUUUUAGUUUCUCUUUCUUUUCUUAUAUUGGGAAAGUAUGGCCAAGCUAACAUUACUUUUAGGCCAUUCUUAGAUGUACAAGUUGUUGUAGACUCUCUUUAGGACAACUGUCAAA